UAAGCUUGAUUUGUUCAUAGUUCUACCACUGGGCUACUUCUGCAUCUUCACCAUCUGCAUACACGAUGAAACAAACCGAAAACACGGAAUGAGCUCGACGGAAACCAGCGGCACCGACACAUUUUCGCCCUUUUAACGGACGCGCAUUUUUUCCACUCCGGUUUACCGAGUCGGUGGAGUUUAUUACACCGUUCGGGAUGGGUAAGGAGGUGAACGGCGUCUCUCGGAGUCGCUUUGAGAUGUUCUCCAAUAAUGAUGAAGCUGUUAUUAACAAGAAGCUGCCAAAGGAGCUGUUGUUACGAAUUUUCUCAUUCCUGGAUGUAGUAACACUUUGCCGCUGUGCACAAGUCUCACGAUCAUGGAACCUGUUAGCUCUGGAUGGCAGUAACUGGCAGCGUAUUGACCUCUUUGACUUCCAGAGAGACAUUGAGGGCCGUGUGGUGGAGAACAUCUCAAAACGUUGUGGUGGCUUCCUGAGGAAGUUAAGUCUCAGAGGAUGCCUUGGUGUUGGAGACAGUGCACUCAGAACAUUUGCCCAAAACUGCAGAAAUAUUGAGCUGCUCAGCCUCAAUGGUUGCACCAAGAUCACUGACAGUACAUGUAACAGCUUGAGUAAAUUUUGUCCCAAAUUGAAGCACUUGGAUCUUGCCUCGUGCACCUCAAUCACCAACCUGUCUCUCAAAGCACUGAGUGAAGGCUGUCCUUUACUAGAACAGUUGAACAUCUCAUGGUGUGAUCAGGUGACCAAAGACGGCAUACAAGCGCUUGUGAGAUGUUGUCCAGGACUCAAAGGCCUUUUCCUCAAGGGCUGCACACAGUUGGAAGAUGAGGCGCUCAAGCAUAUUGGAGCACAUUGUCCAGAGCUGGUCACACUCAAUUUGCAGACGUGUUCACAGAUCACAGAUGAAGGUCUUAUAACCAUCUGUCGCGGGGGCCAUCGGUUGCAGUCUUUGUGUGUGUCCGGCUGUGCAAACAUCACAGACGCUAUUCUCAAUGCCUUGGGCCAAAACUGCCCCCGCCUCAGAAUAUUAGAGGUGGCACGCUGCUCUCAGCUUACAGAUGUUGGUUUCACCUCAUUAGCACGGAAUUGUCAUGAGUUAGAAAAGAUGGAUUUGGAAGAGUGUGUACAGAUUACAGAUGGAACUCUCAUCCAGUUAUCUAUAAACUGCCCUCGACUACAGGUUCUGAGUCUGUCUCACUGUGAGUUGAUCACUGAUGAUGGCAUCAGGCAGCUGGGUAGUGGACCAUGUGCUCAUGACCGACUGGAGGUGAUUGAGCUGGAUAAUUGCCCACUCAUCACAGACGCGUCAUUAGAACAUCUGAAAACAUGUCACAGCCUGGACCGCAUCGAGCUCUACGACUGUCAACAGAUCACACGCGCUGGUAUUAAACGCUUGAGGACUCACUUACCCAACAUUAAAGUUCACGCCUACUUUGCACCCGUGACUCCGCCUCCAUCGGUAGGCGGGAGCCGCCAGAGAUUCUGUCGCUGCUGCAUCCUUCUAUGAUGUAAAAAAAGACUGCGCAUCUUGACCUCUCACCCCCCGAUCUACCUAGAGCACAUGUUGGUGGUCCCCGGUCAGAUCUGCUGGGAGGGACGGAGAGACACGUACUGUCAUUCUCUACACCCUCUCAUGAGCUUUAAUCAACACUACAGCCCCUUCAAUGGCUUUAUACGAGACUCUGAUAGGGUAAUUAAAGUGGACAAUGUUGGGGAUUGUGCUACUUUGUUCAUUGAAAACAAUUUGAGGAACGGAGCAUGGGGUCUUUAUGAAUAUUAUAGCCACGCAAAAGGACGUUGUGGCCUCCCUGUUAUUGGAUAGAACAUCAAAAUUGGAUUCAAGAUCAAGGUAAAACCAGAAGACAAUGUCAUAAGGUAAACAGGUCUUGGAAGAUCAUGCCACUGAUCUUAUAUGCCCAUACACAAAUAUACAGUAACAGUGAUCUUUAACCUGUCAGCCCCCAAGGAACCCAACUUUGGAUAAGUAUGGACACACAUACACUACCAGUCAAAAGUUUGGACACCAAGUCAUUCUUUAUUAUUACACUUUUCCACAUUUUAGAAUAAUGGUCAAGUCAUCAAAACAAUGGAAUAACACAAAUGGAAGUAUGGAAGUUAUGUAGUGACCAAAAUAUCUGUAAACAUAAAAUGCUAUUUUAUAUUUGAGCUUCUUAAAAUAGUAUUGAAUGAGUUCCCAUGUGUGCUGGACACUUGCUGGCUGCUUUUCCUUCACUAUCUGCUCCAACUCAUCCAUUUCAAAAAGUUGAUUUUUUUCCAUUUUAGUUUUGUAAGGAAAUUCAUUUACUUUAUAUAUGUCUUCAAAACUGACUUCAAGCAUUUAAGUCUAAGCCUUUAGAUGAAAAGUAAACUCAUUUGUAAAUUCAUGAGAAACUUGAAAAGAGUCAAGUGUGUCCAGACCUUUUACUGGUAGUGUACAAACAUUUCUUGCAUACACAAAGACUCUCUCUUUCUCUCUCUUUGCUUCACUCUCAGUGGCUUUGUUGAACUUAGAGCAGAGACUGAAUAUUUUUAAAGCAUGAUACUCUUCCAAGUUUAUUUUAUUUUUUUUUUUUUUUUAUUAUCUGGAAGUCUCUUUGGAAGAGGUUAGGGCUACAGUUGGCCAGUGGAGACGUGGGGGUAAAUGUGUGGUUCCGGAUCUAGGCUACUAAGACAAAGAUUGCAGGUUCAGUCUCCAUGUCUGUGUGACCCAAGAAAUGUGUUACUAUUUCAUCAUUAUGCAGGAGAAACUGUCAAGAACAUGCCGUUGAUUCAUAUUUCACCCUGAAAUCAAAAGAAAUUAUAUUUUGCAUAAAGAAAAUAAUGCCUAUUUUUAGGACAAUACAAUUAAUUUUGCAUUUUGACAUAAAAAUAUAGUUCCCAUUACUGUAUUGCAAAAAAAAUAAUAAAAAAAUAAUGUUUUUUAAUUGUAAAGUACAUCAUCCAAAUGCUAGGUGUACUGCAUUUAUGUUAUUAACUAAAUUAAAUGAUGUAAAUAAUAAUAAUAAUUUGGGCCAAAAAUCUUAAUAGUUCUAAAAAAGGCUUAAUUUUCUUUAUGCAAGAAAAAAAUUUGUUAGUAUGCUUUGUUAUUGAGAAUAUAUAUAUAUAUAUAUAUUAAAAAAAAGAAAUAUUUAAAAAUAAUAAUUUGGGCCAAAAAAUUAUUAGUCCUAAAAUAGGCUUAAUUUUAUUUUUGCAAGAAAAUAAAAACAAGCAAAUUGUCAGGACGAAUUAUGGUAAUGAGAAUAUUACAAAAAUAUAUAUUAAAAAAAAAUAACAAAAUAAUUUGGGGCAAAAUCUUAAUAGUCCUAAAAAUAGGCUUCAUUUUCUUACAUGCAAUAUAUACCUUUUUUAACAUAUAUAAUAUAAGUUAAUAUAAUAUAUACAGUACACACACACACACAUACAUAUAUAUAUAUAAUUAGAUUUUUGCGUGAAAUAUAACCUGGACAUUUCUGUGAUUUUCAUGAAAUGUACACAUGCACUUCGGUCAAGCACAUAAGAAUCAAUGGGCAACGGUGCACAGUAGGCGCUGUAAAUCACUUUUUGCAAAAGAUGCAUCAUACAGCAGUUAAAGGGAGAUUACAGUUCCACCGCAACGUGUAUGAAAAUUUGUAUGUGGGUUAUAACAUAAAGAGAGUCGUAAUGUGUUUUAGGAGCGUUUGUUUUCACGAUCUUCAUCCCAACAGAUUGUUCUGCAUCCUUAAAAGCAAUGCAAGCUAACCAGUCAACUGUUACAGUAGCAUGUAAGUAGGGUGAUGUCAGCUAAAGUGGGCCAUCAGGUCAAAUGGGCCAGAUAAGGUUGGAGUGUUAGUUCUUUAAGAUUCAAUAUCAUCACUGCAAACUAUUUUAAACAGUUGUAGUAAUGGUACUUGACAUGUUUUAACUGAUUUCAUCAGUCUGAGUUUGUUAAGGUUCCUUAACAAACAAGUGCCACAUCUAAGAUUGAUAUUUUGAUGGUUAAUUUCAUUAAAACUACUCAAAUAAUAUUAAAACAAUUCAAAUUCAAGAUUGGAUGUGUUAUAUAAGCAUUGUUUGAAUGCAGUAUCCUUUAAUGUGCCCAAAUACAUAUACCUACCUCACACACACUCACAAACACCCAUUUUAAUACAACUGUUAGGAGUAAAAAAUGCAUUUACACAUGCAAUUACAAUUGAAAAGAAAUUACUUUAUUACUAUAUAAAGUUAUUACAGAACAAUACAGUUUUCUGGGUCACAAGUCCACAGACACACACAUUAGUAGCUUCACACAGAAUGGUAACAAUAAGUUUAGUGAGUUUUAGUAAGGGAUGUUGCCUUUUAAAGUUAUGUCCUUGUUAAUGUUAUAUAUUGUAAUGUAGAAUAAGGUAUUUAUAUAUUAUUUAUACAGUACCUUAUUGCAAAACCUACAUAUCCACCUUAAUAUCCCCCAUCUCAACCACCCCCACAAAACACAUUUUAACACAUUUAUUUGAAAUUUCAUAAUACAUUUCUUGUAAUACAAUGCUGUUAAUUAAAUCAGAAAUAAUUGUAAAUUAAUUAAAAAGAGCAUGUUUUGUUGUUUACAUGGAUGGUUUUGCUGUACGGAUUCACUGGCCCAUUUUAGCUGAGUGCAUGGCCCACUUUACCUGAACACGGCAACGAUGAGACGGAGGGGGACUUUUGACAUUUAAAUUGCUUAAACAGUUGUUUAUUUUGUUACAUAUGUUGAACAUAAAAUAGAAGAGACCUGAAUUAACCAUCAAAGAGCAGUCUGGAAAAAUGCGCAGAGGCGUUUUAAUGCUGUUGUAGGAGAUUUACCAAAAAGUGGCCCACUUUUCCUGACAUCACCCUACUUUAUGACCUAAUAAACGUAAAUAAAUGUACUUCAUAAACUAUGGGCUGGCUCUUGGAUUUAUGAAAACAAUCCAAACUUCUUGUUUUUAAAUUAUUUCUUUUGGUUCAUUUUUAUUUGUUUUCGUCAUCUUUGUGGUCAUUUUCGUUUCCUCUUUAUUUUGAGUCGGUGACCAUACGAGGCCACUUGUGAAAAUGUUUGUGUCUCUUGUUUUAUGAAUUUCUGUAGGUAAGCAUUUGGUAAUGACUUUAUUGAAAUGAACAUCUGUUAUCUGUUCGCAACUAAGUUGCAAUAAAGUAGCAUAUUUCAGUAGGGCUUGGAGGCGAAGUGGUGGCCUAUUUAUGCCCUUUUUAUGGCAUAAAAAAUGUAUUUGUGUGUUACACUGUAUGGUCAAACUUGUGUAAGCACCCUGUUUUAAUUAAAGGAAUACUCCAGGUUCAAUACAAGUUAAGCUAAACUGGCUAAAGUGCCACACUGUAACCUUGAUUUUUGCUUUUUUAUAAAGAAAAGGAGGGAUGAUUUGAAAUAAUAUUUUGUAGUAAUCAACAUUAUGCCACAAAUGCUGUCGAUUGAGGUUAACUUGUAUUGAACCUGGAGUAUUCCUUUGGGUUUUGCAUGUUCAGUUAUUUCUGUUAGAACAAAUUUUAACUCAGUGUUGGUAGCACAGAAUUCUUUUGAAUGCCACGAUAUGUUGUUGCCAAACCUGUAAAUUAGAAGGGGUUGUCCACAUACUUUUGGCCAUAUUGUGUACUUGAUGAAGAGACAUUGCAAAUACAGUAAGUCACUUUUACAUUAAUUUAUAUUCAGUUGCACCAGUACUCAAGUACUUACACUUAAUAACCACAUGCUUUAGACAACUGUGACAAUACAAAAGAUCUGGGGUUACUAAUUGACUGCCAGUUUUAAAGGUAUUUUCUUUCACACUUUUUAGAAGAAAGUAUUUCAGCUGAUCAAAAUCAUAUGCAAUCAAAAUAAAGUCGUAUUUUGAACUAUC